AUGGCACAAAAUCGCCCGACGAACCCUCCGAUUCCCAUGAUGGGAAGGCCUCUUGAGGAGUUCCGGGACCCGCUGGCGUUGGAGGCCGCCCGCGUGACACCUGGCAUCGACGACACCCCAUACAUACAAUAUGCGAUAGAGCAGCUGACGCGAGAGCGCGAGGGCGAGUCCUCACACCCCUCGACCAUGACCUCCGACGGCCAGCCGUUUGUGCCAGGCUCGAGCCGGGGUUAUUAUGCCCCCAGCAACGGGCCCAUGUCACCACGAUCUGCUGCUGCCGCCUCCUCCCGUCACAACGACCACCCCAGGCAGAGCAUGGAUCAGAGUGCUCCUCUCCUGUCCGAGUCCGGCCAGCGACCGUCCUCAAACAGGUCGUCCAUGUCGACUCUAGUCAAGGGUACAGAGAAGGGUGCAAAGUUUGCAGCAAGACAGCCGGCUGCAGAUGCCUGGGAACCCGUCGACCCCGGGUUCUUCAGCGAUGGGCGAGAGAAGAUCAACCCACGACUCGUCUUCCGACCGGCGAUAUUACGAAAGCCAUCGAUGAUCAUGCUGUUGGUCGCAUGCAUGUUGAUGCUCGCGGCCUUGAUCUUCAGCGCCGUGUUCUCCCAGCGGCACACGGGACUCUGGGAUUAUGUUGGCACCAUCUACAGCGGACAAUACUUCCUCUUUCGAGUGCUCCCGGCCAUCAUAGGAGCUUUCGUCCUGUUCUGGGCGCAGAAUAUCGUGACGACUAUGCUCCGGGUCCGACCCUUUGCGAGACUCGCCGCAACGCAGGGGACCGCGAGGGAGGACGCGAUCUUUGACGACCUCUACCCGACGUCAUUCCUGCGGCCACAACUGGUGGGCACGUGGCACAUCUGGGUGCCCAACCUGAUCACGUGGCUGAUGAACUUCACUCUGCCCCUGCUGAGCUGUCUGUACACGGUCAUCUAUGUGGACGGCCAAUGGAGGUGGGCGACGGUGCAGGGCGUUGCCUGGACGCUGGUGGCGCUCUACGUCCUGCUCGCUGCUGCCGUCGUUAUUGAAAUGUCCUGUUGGCUCGUCCGCAAGACCGGUCUGAUGUGGGAUCCGAGAUCGAUCGCUGAUGUUGCCACCAUCGUCGCCAACAGCAACACCCUCGACGAUUACAGGGGCACGGAGAUCCUCGCCACGAGGGAUCAGAUGAGGCGGGUGUUGUACAAGAGAAGGACGGACAUGCUCACAUACUGGCGCUGGGCCGAUCGCGAGAGGUCGGACGAGCUUUGGUAUACCCUCGGACAGCAGGACGACUGGGACAGCCCGGUCUCGGAACUUGACAUGCUGGACGAAAAGGGCAGACCACGGAGUCCUGACAGCCGAGCGCAGCCGAAGCACGCCGAAGAUAUCAACCCGUGGGGCGACAUUGAACUUGAGGGACAUGCCAUGCACCCCCGCGUGCGGUACCGUCACCUGCCCUUUUGUCUCAAGGACUGCCCGUUGAUCGUCGUCAUCAUCAGCGGCUUUUUCUUGGUCGUGGCCCUCUUCGACCUCGACCUGCACCUGCGCAUCCUCCAGCCGUGGGCCGAGCUCGCCUUCCCGCCAGCGGGCGGUGCCCAGCCUGAGGCCUCCAUCCUCGCUGACUACGCAGCCUGCUACCCACUCCAGGCCUCGUUCCGCGCUCUGCGCAACCGCCACUGGCGCGUUGCAUUCAUCUCUUUCCUUUCGGCCCUCUUCGUGUUCAUCCCCAUCUUCGCAGGCGGUAUGUUCCUCGCGCUCACCCCGGCAGACAACAUUGUCCGCGUCUACCCGCAGAUUCCGCUCUUCUCCAUCACCCUCGCGCUGGUGGCCGUCUACUGGCUUGCGCUGGUCUCGCUCUUCCCAAAGCGCCAGGGCCUGCGCCUUCCGCACGCCGUGACGUGCCUCGCGGAGAUUAUCAGCUUCGUGGCAAACGAGGAUUGCGUGCACGAGGACGCCUUCUCGAGCAUGAUUCGCAACAAGACGUCGCUGGUGGGAAAGCUAGGCGUGGACAGGCGCGACGAGGACAAGCCCCGCUGGACGCUGCACAUGGGCGGCGGCGGGGCGCGGGACGAGAGGCUAGGCGUGAGGAGGGUUAGGAGGUACACCGAGAAGGAUCCCGCGACAAGGGAUCCCGCCGCUGUGAGACUGAUGGGCUCGCCUGAGCUGGGGUCUGGCGGCGGCGGCGGCGGCGGCGGCGGUCCCAUGGGGUCGAGUCUGGGUGCGAGGGCGAUGGGCGAGAGCCGGAGGGAGGCGAGGAUGAGUGCCAGGGACGGCGUGAGGGUCAGUCCACAGUAUGUCUUUCCCGCCAGGGAGGCUUGA